GAUCAUAUUCUACGUGUUAUUCUUAUUUAUAUUCCUGUCAUAUGGCAUCCGCCUCUUCCCGGAGGAGUCUCACUCUAUUUUCUUCCAAGCUUCAUCACCUUCCCUCUUCUCCCAGAUAAUUCGUUUUUCUUAAGAAAUUCCUCGAUCAUUCUCUCUCUCUAUAUAUAUUUUUUGGUCCUUGUAGUUGUCUCUUCGUGAUGGCCAUGAUUCAGAACCACGAAGUUCAGGAAGAGAAAGGCAGAAAAGUUGCGGAGCUGAAAAUCAACGGGGGAGGAGAAGCCGAGCAAAACGACGUCGUCGCUGAGGAACAAACAAACCAAACGCUGUCGUUAAACGAAGCGGCGCCAACUUCGUCGUCGGUUGAACCGAAGGAAGAACCCGAGGAGAGGUCGUCGGCGGACGCGUUGCAGCUAGUGCCGCUAGCCGUUCAAGUGACGGGGCCAGUCGCGAAGAGGGCGUCGACGAAGGAUCGUCAUCGUAAAGUAGAGGGUCGAGGCCGGAGGAUCCGAAUUCCCGCGGCUUGCGCGGCACGGAUCUUCCAGCUGACCCGGGAACUGGGUCACAAAUCCGACGGCGAGACCAUCCGGUGGCUCCUCGAGCACGCCGAACCCGCCAUAAUAGCCGCCACUGGAACAGGAACCGUCCCGGCCAUAGCCAUGUCUGUCAACGGGACACUUAAGAUCCCCACCGCCACGCCCGACCCGGAACCAGACGACCCGAUCCUGAAGAAGAAGCGGAAACGACCGGUAAACAGUGAGUACGUAGAUGUAAACGAAGCCGUUUCAGUCUCAGCUGGACUGGCUCCUCUAACUCAAGCCCAACAACAACACCAACAGCACCAGCAUCAAUCAGUCCCUCAAGGUUUCGUCCCCAUGUGGACCAUACCUUCAAACGCCGUCGUUCCGGGCGCAUUCUUCGUGGUCCCACCUAUGGCUUCCGUUGCCGGACACAAUAACACUCCGUCAACAACCCAACCCCAUAUAUUCACAUUCCCAACCACAACGACGCCAUUUAUCAACAUCUCAGCAACCAGACCCAUAUCUUCGUUCGUCUCCUCCAUGGCCAAUUUCGUCACUGCGCCAGUCCAGUUCCAAGCUACUACUGCCACCACAAAUUUAAGCUCGAUCAAUUCAGCGCAGAAAUCACCACCAAUGGCGGCACCGAGUAUAAACUCAGACAUCCCCACCGCCGCCGCCACAACGACGACGGCAACACCACAGAUGCUCAGAGACUUCUCUUUGGAGAUAUACGAUAAGAAAGAACUCCAGUUCAUGACUCGCUCUUCGAAAAAUUGACUUCAAGGAAAAAGAAAAAAAAGAAAGGGCAGAGAGAGAAAAUCUGGAGACGGAGAGACGGGGUGUGGGGCACGUGGUCACGUGAUGAGGCCGGUAAAAGGUAUUGCACGUGUAAGGUGGGGUCGUAUUUGGAGUAGGUAGGGACCACUUUUGUGGUGGGUCAACACUUGUAAACAAAAUAUAAUAAUAUAUCAUAUAAAUAUUUUUAAAUUAUUAGAAAAAGGGGGGGGGGGGAAAAAGAGCUGGUUGGCUUUUUUGGUCCGUGGACCGUGCGAUUAAGAGAAAGAGGAGAACCAAAACUGUGGGACCCAUGAAGUCGUGUCUGGAUUGGUCAUGUGAUGGUGGGCGCGGGCCCCAAGGAGGGAGGUGGGGGCCCGGGAGGGACCUCUUUGGGGCACAAUUCUCGAGGUAAGCAAGGCGUGUGCGGGAGUGGGGUCCGGUGGUCCCCAGAGCAGAGGGGAGAAGGGAGGGGGAGAGUUGGGCGGGGUUCUGUGGUCCGACCGAAAGGGUUGGGGUUUUAGGUUUGGAUGUCGACACGUUUCAAGUGCUGAUGCUGGUGUGUCAUGGGGCCCAUACUUUUUACCAUUUAAAUAUCCGACAAGUGGGUGUCUAAUGGUGGGACCAUCUUCUGGUUGUUGUUGUUGUUGGUAUAUUUAUUUUUCUUUGGAUUAUGAAGAAAAAUGAUAAAGCUCCUGCUUUUAUUCCAUCUAUAUUUAAUUUUUAUA